AUGAAGUUGGCUUUGGUAAGCAGUUUCAGCAGCAGCCCUCCAAUCCAUGUUCGCGCACUCAGUAAAUUUCAUGUAACUCGUUGUGAGGAGCAUUCGACUAUUCUCCAGUAUGAGCCUGCUAAUGGUGAUAAUACAUCGCUUUCCAUGGUUAGAAGAAUUGAUUUCAUGAGUGCAGUCAUAAGUUGUUCUGCAGCAACUUCGAUUGCAACUCCAGUAGCGAAUGCUCUAACUACGGAGACUAUCAGACAAUUGCCAGGUUCUUUGUAUACUCUUGCCGAAGGGAGCAAUGGAGAUUGGCUUUCCGGUCAACUAUUUUCAGCUGGACAACAAGCUAACAUAGCUGUGCAGGACCAGCUGUCAGCCCUCAGUUUUACUAGUUUGGCAGUCAUUUUCGGGGCCGGGCUUGUGACUAGCCUUUCACCAUGUACACUGAGUGUUUUGCCCCUUACCCUUGGUUACAUAGGGGCAUUUGGCUCAGGAAAAAGCAGAACAGAGGCUAUUGGUAAUUCAAUUUCUUUUGCAAUGGGGUUGGCAACUACACUGGCUCUGCUAGGCGUAGCAGCUUCAUUUGCUGGAAAGGCUUAUGGCCAAAUAGGGCAGGGACUACCUUUGGCUGCUUCUAUUUUAGCAAUUGUCAUGGGCUUAAAUCUUUUGCAGGUUGUUGAAUUGCAGCUCCCAUCUUAUUUCAACAACUUCGAUCCCCGUGCCGCUGCUUCUAAUUUUCCUUCAAGUGUCCAAGCAUAUUUGGCUGGACUAACCUUUGCAUUAGCGGCAUCACCUUGCAGCACACCAGUGCUUGCGUCCUUGCUUGGAUAUGUUGCCUCGACCAGGGAUCCAGUGGUAGGGGGGAGCCUUCUUUUGACGUACACAACAGGAUAUGUCGCUCCUCUUCUUCUCGCUGCUUCUUUUGCUGGAGCUCUGCAGAGCCUUCUUUCAUUCCGCAAGUUUUCAGCAUGGAUCAAUCCAACAAGUGGUGCCCUCCUCCUGGGUGGGGGUGUGUAUACCCUGCUGGAUAGACUUUUCCCGGUUACUAUGGCUAUGUGA